GCCCCAGGCAUCGAGGAGACGGAUGGGGAGCUGACAGUGGCCCCCACACCAGAGCAGCCAGAACGGGGCGUCCACUUCGUCACCACAGCCCCUACCCUGAAGCUGCUCAACCACCACCCACUACUCGAGGAAUUCUUACAAGAAGGCCUGGAAGGCGGCGAGGAGGCGAUGAGGCCAGCACUGCCCUUCCAGCCUGACCCACCGACACCAUUCACCCCGAGUGCCCUUCCCCGCCUGGCCAACCAGGACAGCCGUCCUGUCUUCACCAGCCCCACUCCAGCCAUGGCUGCAGCACCCACUCAGCCCCAGGCCAGAGAAAGACCUUGGAGCCUGGAGUCAGAGCCCCCUGUGCUUCAUAUCGCAGCCCCCCUACCUCCCGUGCCCAGCCCAGGCCCCGGGGAAAGGCCCAGUACCACACCCCCUAGCAGAGCAUGGACUCCGACCCAAGAGGGUCCUGGAGAUAUGGGCAGGCCAUGGGCUCCAGAGGUCAGGUCCCAGACCCUGGGGCUCGGGACGGAGGGAGCCAUCACGACCUCUACAGCAUCAGGGGACGAUGAGACCACCACCACCAUCAUCACUACCACCAUCACCACCGUCCAGCCACCAGGCCCUUGUAGCUGGAAUUUCUCAGGCCCAGAGGGCUCUCUGGACUCCCCCAUGGCCCCCAGCUCGCCUACUGAUGUCGGCCUGGACUGUUUCUACUACAUUUCCGUCUACCCUGGCUACGGUGUAGAAAUCAAGGUCCAGAACAUCAGCCUCCGAGAGGGGGAGAUGGUGACUGUGGAGGGCCUGGGGGGGCCUGACCCGCUGCCCCUGGCCAACCAGUCUUUCUUACUGAGGGGCCAAGUCAUCCGUAGCCCCACCCACCAAGCAGCACUGAGGUUCCAGAGCAUACCACCACCUGCUGGGCCUGGCACCUUCCAUUUCCACUACCAAGCCUACCUCCUGAGCUGCCACUUUCCCCAGCGUCCUGCUUAUGGAGCUGUGACUGUCACCAGCCUCCACCCAGGAGGCAGCGCCCGCUUCCGCUGUGCCACUGGCUACCAGCUGAAGGGUGCCAGGCUUCUCACCUGUCUCAAUGCCACCCAGCCCUUCUGGGAUUUCCAGGAGCCUGUCUGUAUUGCCGCCUGCGGGGGAGUGACCCGCAACGCCACCACGGGCCGCCUCGUCUCCCCGGGCUUCCCAGGCAACUACAGCCACAAUCUCACCUGCCACUGGCUGCUUGAGGCCCCGGAAGGCCAGCGGCUGCACUUGCACUUCGAGAAGGUUUCCCUGGCAGAGGAUGACGACCGGCUCAUCAUCCGCAAUGGAGACAACGUGGAGGCCCCUCCAGUGUAUGACUCCUACGAGGUGGAGUACCUGCCCAUCGAGGGGCUGCUCAGCUCCGGCCGACACUUCUUCGUGGAGCUCAGCACGGACAGCAGUGGGGCAGCGGCGGGCAUGGCCCUGCGCUACGAGGCCUUCCAGCAGGGCCACUGCUAUGAGCCCUUUGUCAAAUACGGCAACUUCAGCAGCAGCGCCCCCUCCUACCCGGUGGGCACCACCGUGGAGUUCAGCUGCGACCCUGGCUACACCUUGGAGCAGGGCUCUAUCAUCAUCGAGUGCAUUGACCCCCACGACCCCCAGUGGAACGAGACAGAGCCAGCCUGCCGAGCUGUGUGCAGUGGGGAGAUCACAGACUCCGCUGGUGUGGUGCUCUCCCCCAACUGGCCGGAGCCUUACAGCCGCGGGCAGGACUGCAUCUGGGGCGUGCACGUGGAAGAGGACAAGCGCGUCCUGCUGGACGUCCGAGUGCUGCGCAUAGGCCCUGGUGAUGUGCUUACCUUCUAUGAUGGGGACGACCUGACGGCCCGGGUCCUGGGCCAAUACUCGGGGCCCCGUGGCCACUUCAAGCUCUUUACCUCCAUGGCCGACGUCACCAUACAGUUCCAGUCAGACCCCGGGGCCUCGGUGCUGGGCUACCAACAGGGCUUUGUCAUCCACUUCUUUGAGGUGCCCCGCAAUGACACAUGUCCGGAGCUGCCUGAGAUCCCCAACGGCUGGAAGAGCCCGUCUCAGCCUGAGCUGGUACAUGGCACGGUCGUCACUUACCAGUGCUACCCUGGCUACCAGGUGGUAGGAGCCAGUGUCCUCAUGUGCCAGUGGGACCUAACCUGGAGUGAGGACCUGCCUUCCUGCCAGAGAGUGACUUCCUGCCAUGACCCUGGGGAUGUGGAGCACAGCCGACGCCUCAUAUCUAGCCCCAAAUUUCCCGUGGGGGCCACCGUGCAGUAUAUCUGCGACCAGGGUUUUGUACUGACUGGUAGUGCCAUCCUCACCUGCCAUGACCGUCAAGCCAGCAGCCCCAAGUGGAGCGACCGGGCCCCCAAGUGUCUCUUGCAACAGCUCAAGCCAUGCCACGGCCUCAGCGCCCCGGAGAAUGGUGCCCACAGUCCAGAGAAGCGACUUCACCCAGCAGGGGCUACUGUCCACUUCUCAUGUGCCCCUGGCUAUGUGCUGAAGGGCCAGGCCAGCAUCAAGUGUGUGCCCGGGCACCCUUCACAUUGGAGUGACCCCCCACCCAUCUGUAGGGCUGCCUCUCUGGAUGGGUUCUACAGCGGCCGCAGCCUGGAUGUUGCCAAGGCACCUGCUGCCUCCAGCACCCUGGAUGCCGCCCACAUUGCAGCCGCCAUUUUCUUGCCACUGGUGGUGAUGGCAGUCUUGGUGGGAGGUGUGUACCUCUACUUCUCUAGGCUCCAGGGGAAAAGCCCCUUGCGGCUGCCCCGGACACGACCCCGCCCCUAUGACCGCAUUACUGUGGAAUCAGCAUUUGACAAUCCAACUUAUGAGACUGGAUCUCUUUACUUUGCAGGAGACGAAAGAAUAUGA